AUGGGUGAUCAAUCAUAUGGUUCUUCUUCUUCCUUCUCAACUUCUAGCUACAAAAAUGUACUUUGUAAAUGUGGUGAACAUCCAAAGAUCUGGACUUCAACGACCAAGAAGAACCCAGGCCGACAUUUCAUUCGGUGCCCUAAUUCUCUGGAUUCUUCAAAAGAUUGUAAAUUUUUUGUAUGGGUGGAUGAGGAUUUGGGUCUUCACAGGUAUAAGAGUAAAGUUAAUGAGUUGAAUAGGGAGAAUAUGGAUUUAUUCAAAGAUAAUAUGAUCAUUUCCAAGAAGAAUAUGGAACUGGAGAAGGAGAACAUAUGUUUGCAGAAGAAAUUGAUGAAGCUAGAGGUGAUUGAAAAAAAAGAGAUUGAUAUGUUCAUGGUUAAGGUGCUAUUUGGUAUUGUUCUUGUUAGCAUUUUCAUUUGCUUUAUAAUUACGUAA